UCCUUCCUCCCCAAACAUUAUUUUUCUAAUCACUUUUCAAAGAUUUAUUUUCUCUCUCUUUCUUUUAAUAAUACCAAUAUUGUCACAUCUCUUCUCAACCACUCAAUAUAUACCCCUCAUUUAAUUCAAAUCCUUCCACUACUCGUUUUUCAUACUCUUUUUCAUUUCUCUCCCACCACACAUUUUUCAUAACCUAAAACUUCAAUCCACGAUUCUACCACCACUUUGUAUCUCUAGAAAAUCAAAGUGAAAAUACAACCCGACAUGUCACAUUCACUAAUUGAAGAGUACGACGCGAAGCUUAAAGUAAAAGAAGAAGAAUCAGCUGAAGGUGAACACGAAGUUGAUGAUCAAGAAGAAGAGGACAACGAUGAUGAUUGUGAGGUUGAACUUGUUGAUGCUAAUGAUGAAGAAUUUUCUUUUGUAAGUGGUGUACUUACAUCACCAAUAGCAGCAGAAGAAGCAUUUGAUAAUGGUCAUAUCAGGCCAUUUUUCCCGCUGUUCAAUAGAGAUCUCCUCCUGUCUGAUAUUGAUUUUCAACACUUGAAAAAUAAUCGGUUGCCACCUGACGACAAGGUAUUCGUCGAAACAGAAGAUAAUAACAACAAUAAUAAUCCUCCUACAACUUCGAAUGAAGAAGAAAUCUCCGGACCAUAUUGCGAAUGGUCAAAAAAGGCAACAAACAAAAAGAGUAAUUCAACAGGUUUUUCAAAGCUAUGGAGAUUCCGAGAUUUCAUUAAUCGGAGUAACAGUGAUGGAAGAGAUGCAUUUGUGUUCUUGAACAACCCUACAACGUCGUCAUCAUCAUCAAACGUUGUCAAGAAAGAAGAUAAGGUUUUGGAGAAGAAAGGAAAAAUUAGUACUGGAGUUGAAGUUCAAGCUACGAAAGUAAUUACACAAACAAAUAAGAAGAAAAUAAAGAAGAGUGAAGCUGUAUUAGCACAUGAAGCUUAUAUGAAGAGUAGAGCUAGAGAUAAAGAACGUCGACGAUCUUACCGACCGGACCCUUUCGGUUUUUUCACUAAUGUGAAUGGUGGAUUAACAAGGAAUGUACACCCAUUCUAAGCAACUCAUGAAAAUUAGAUUUUUUUUUUUUUUUUUUACAUUUUUUAACAUUAUUGGAAAUAUUAUUUUUGUAUAAUAAUGUUGUGAGUUUGACUUGAGUAAAUCAUGACGCGGAGCUUGCGGUUUA